UAGAAUACAGUCUUUACAAAGAGCUGAGGCAACUAAUUCUGUUAUUAAAAGACAAUUGAAUUAUCAAAAUAUUAGUAUUUAUGAUAUAUUUAUGGAGCUUGAAGAAAGACUUGCAACUGAAGUUAUUAAUAAUUCAAUUAGCAAUAAUACAAUUGAACAAUCAGCAGUGAUUUCAAUUUCUCAAUUUAAUAUUAGUAUUUAUGAAGUUGAUAUACAACUUAAUUAUGAUACUCAAACUAAUAUGAUUUCAUUACUAUGUAUGGGUAUUAAAGAUUUGAAUCAAGAUUCAAUUAGUUGUCAGAAUAUUCAAAAAAAGCACUAUACAAAUCAAGCAAAGAUUAAACAACAAGCAUUAUAUG